AUGCAUCAGAGAUCAAGUCCAGUUAAUACAACCACCGCUCGCCCACGAGGAUCUCCCACACGGCUUGCAACUCCAUUUACUCUCAAAUGCUUGAAGUGUAGCACAUACAUACACAAAAACAAAAGGCAUAAUGCAUUCAAGGAAACUGCACAUGGAAAGGACUAUCUAGGUGUGCCAAGCUAUCGCUUCAAUAUCAAAUGCACAGCAUGCAAGCAAACACUCAGUAUACUGACAGAUCCAAAGAAUGGAACAUAUAUUCCUGAAAGUGGAUGUGUGAAGGUGGAGGAGCAAUUAUCACCCAGUCUAGAAAAAACAGCAGAUAUGAAUCAGAAUUCAUCAAAUAGAUUGCGUUCAGAAUCAAACAUGAAGGACCAAAUAAGUACACUUCUUGAGCAGUCCAGGCAUGUAAGUUCUGCAAGUGCACGCUUAGACCACAAAGAUAGAAAUAAGGACAAACAAUCUAGUUAA